CGGCGGAAGAAUCGGCGGUGUUGUGAUUGAAUGACAGGUUCAACACUGCAAUUUAUGUCAACUUUGAUCUGAUUGCCGAUAUUAAGUGAAUUAAAAUGAUUCAUGAGCUCUUGUUGGCUUUAAGUGGAUACCCUGGGACUAUAUUCACAUGGAACAAACGGACAGGUUUACAGGUAUAUCGGGGUACCUAACUACAGAGCUAGCUCUACAAAGUAAAAACACUGCUGCAAGAAGCUGGCUAGCUGUGUUAAAAAAAAAUUUCUCAAGUAACGUUAGAUAGCUAGUGCAACUAGCUACUAACCUUAUGAAUUGCUUUGUUUUCUGCUUUUAUUGGCACCCAUCACUAGUUUCUUUCUGUUGUUGCAUGUACACUUCACUAUAGAUUUGUUUAGUGGCUGGUGAUAAGUGUGACAUACAAAAGCAUCCUACUGAACCUUUUAGCCGAGUUUAUCUCAACUCCACGAUGUACAUAUAGCUAACUAAACCAUAGCUCAUGAAUGUAAUGUUAAGGAGUUAUGAAUAAGGGUUCAUUGAACCUCUGCUUCUCCUGUAGGUCUCCCAGGACCUGCCCUUUCUCCAUCCCAGUGAAACCAGUGUCCUAAACCGCCUCUGCAAACUGGGAUCCGAUUACAUUCGCUUCACAGAGUUCAUAGAGCAACACACAGGCCAUGUCCACCAGCAGGUGAGAUAAAUACCCAGAUGAUGGAGUGUCAAAAGCAUGGGCGAAUCUGCGAAGUAUUUUCCUCUUCUCACAUCCUUCUCAAAACAUCAGGGGGAAGCGAGGAGAGCAUUGAAAGAUAUCUGGGGUUCCUUCUCCUCUAAUGCUCUCCCUGCUUAUCUCUGACAUUUUGAGGACUUGAGGAAAGACUUUUGAAAUUCACCCUAUGGCUCUAGGGGGCGGUUUCCCGGACACAGAUUAGGAGCCCAGUCCUGAGGGGUAGACUACGAAUGAAGCUAGAUCUGCUCAAGCUUUUAUAAAGCUAGCCAGCUUCAGUUCGCUUCACAUUCCAGCUCAGGCUUCAUCCGUACUACGACGGUGGAUGUUGCUUGUUCGUCUACCGCUAACUAUAGCAGGCUUGCACUGUAACUACGCGUGUAUGUCACAUGUUGCUGGUCGAACGCCAAACUCUUCAUUGAGACAAUGCUGAAACCAUCAAUCCAUGGGAGAGUCAGUGCCACAUUUUAAUUUUUGCCUAAAUUAACAUGAAAGAUAAGUUAUCUUGCAAAUUCAGCAGGCUAUGAUGUGAAAUAGGCUAAAAGUGACAUCUUUAUUUUAUUACGUAUUGUUAAUGCCUUCUUUGAAGCACCUUUUUUCCCCACUCCUAUCAAUAAUAUAAUUGUAUAGUCAUACAAAGGUUUUACUGUACAUUAACUUUCAAAUGCAUCUUGUCAUUGAUAAAUGUGUAAUGUGAUGGGUAUUUUAAUAUUAUUUUUUAUUUUUUUACACAUGAAACGUUUGAUUAAUUAAAUAUUUAAUAGCUCGUUUUCUUCAAAUGAAGGGGAUGGUGAUGCAAUCUUUGCGAGAGUGAGGGACUCUGAGUCUGAUUACGUUGGUCCUCAACUCAUGGGUCAUGCUGCGUUCAAAACAACUGGGAACUGGGAAAUCUCCGACUUCCGACUUCAGUGCGUUCAAAACAACUGGGAACUUGGAAAAAAAUUAGCUCAGACUGGGGAAAAUCUAUUUGAAUGGUCACCCAAUUCGGAAUUCCAACUCGGGCCUCUUUCUAAAACUCGGACAUUCCGACCUGAAGAUCACUAAUGUCAUGAUUUGACAGUUGUUUUGAAUGCGUCAUCAGACACUUAAUUCGGGAUAACUAGAGUUAGCCCUGAGUUAGCCUACCCCGGAGCAGGUUAGUUCUGAACGAUUUGUUGCCAUAGAAAUGUACCUGGCUAAAAGGUGAGGCACUUUCAUAUGACCGGUUAUCCCGAGUUACUUUGGUAACAAACCUGUUUCGUAGUAUACCUCUCUGGACUAAAAAGCCAACUCAAUUAAGAAUCUCCAUUGAAAAUGCUUUUUAGUCCAGGAUUACACUUCAUCUGGAUCCGGGAAACCUCCCCCUAGAUGGGUUUAUAUUUUUGAAUUUUUUUAGAUUGAGAUGUACUAGUAUUACCUCAAAUACUUAUCAGAUAUAGCUAAAUACUAUAGUCUUAACAAGCCCUUAUUGUACUUUGCAGGAGCACCACUCCAUUCAGCCAAACCAGGCUGGACUUAAUGGGGUUUACCUGCGGGCUUUCUGCACAGGACUGGACUCAAUGCUACAGCCUUAUAGACAGGCUCUCCUGGACCUCGAACAAGAGGUAGCGAAGAUAAUUUACAAAAUGCAUUGUAGCACUAAUUAAUACAAUGCAAAGUGAUAAUCAAUCCCACCACUUUCCUCUUCAUUGCAGUUUCUUGGCGACCCGCAUCUCUCCAUAUCUCAUGUGAAUUAUAUGCUGGAUCAGGUAAUGGCGGUUACUGUUUUUUAUAGUUUUUCUGAUUUAGAUUUCCUUGUUAUACAUUUGAAGUAGAAUUCCCUCGGACAACAUUGCACGCGAGAUACAACAACAGAAUAUGUAAUGCACUUUUCUUUUUACCACACUGCUCGACGCACCUCACCUCCAUUUCGUCCACAAAACAAAAACAAUAAAAAGGUGCUGGGGGGCUGUCACCCCUCCACCCCUCCCCUGAUUGGAGUAAACUAACGGAUCAAAAGACUUCUACUUUCGCUCCCAUGUUCUGUACAUGUAGUUAACUAAUUAUACAUAUAUUCCUAAUUUCCUCUUUCUUCAAGUGCUGGAUUUUCAUCCACAUCGGCCAAUCCAGACAGUGGCGCUGUUUCCCAUAAUGCGGAUUCCAUCAUUAAAUGUGAACUUUCACACCUACAGUCAGAAGAACCACUGUAUCUUUCAAUAUGUCAUGAAUAUUAAUGUAACAAUAUAUCCUAGUAAUUUAAUGUAAUCAUGUUGUUCUUCUCCAGUUUCAGUUGCUGUUUCCCUCUGUUAUGGUGGUGGUGGAGACAAUAAAGUCCCAGAAGGUAAGGGCAUUACAAUGGAGACAAUACAGUCCCAGAAGGUAAGGGCAUUACAAUGGCGACAAUACAGUCCCAGAAGGAAGGGAAUUACAAUGGAGACAAUACAGUCCCAGAAGGUAAGGGCUUUACAAUGGAGACAAUACAGUCCCAGAAGGUAAGGGCAUUACAAUGGAGACAAUACAGUCCCAGAAGGAAGGGCAUUACAAUGGAGACAAUACAGUCCCAGAAGGUAAGGGCAUUACAAUGGAGACAAUACAGUCCCAGAAGGUAAGGGCAUUACAAUGGAGACAAUACAGUCCCAGAAGGUAAGGGCAUUACAAUGGAGACAAAAGUAUUCACUCGCCUUCUGAUAUGACUGAGAAAUCACACAAUUACCUUGGAGGAAAUUAUUUAAGACACUCAUAAAGCACUUUUCAUACACCCAUAGCACCCUCCAAAAACUAUUUAUGUUCUCAAACUCGAGGGUCAACGCAUUUCUGAAGUGCCUUGGUAUUGUCACAGAAAAAUGUAAAUCUAUCUUUCUCCCACGUAUUUAAAGUUCACCAUGGUGGCUGCUGUAGCACAGGGGCAUAAAGGUGUCACAGCGCUCAGAGCAGAGUGCAUGAUGGGUAGAUACGGUUCAAUCAAUUAGUGUGGAAUAUGGAAAUGAGGUCAUAUCCUGUCUGUCCUAAUUAGAUCCACGGUUGUCAGAUCCUGGAGACGGUGUACAAGCACAGCUGUGGAGGCCUGCCCCCUGUACGCAUGGCCCUGGAGAAGUAAGUUACGGCCACCACAUUUGAUUGAAAAAGUUAAGUUAGCCUCUUAUAGAAGCUUUAUGCAUGUUUAUGCUCUUACUUGGAUAUAUGCUGCAUGUGUGGUGUCAUCCUGAAACUGAUGCUGCAAAGUGAAAUAUGCAUACCAUAUUUCCAGGAAAAACCUGAAGGGGGUUUUGAAUUCUCUGUGAUUUUACAAUGGUAAGAUCCCGGGGUGCUUUUUUUUCUAAAUCGUUAUUUCACCCCUGGAUAAAUUAUUCCCAUGACAUAUGUCAUAUCCUGCUACACAUAAACACUUGAAUCUUGAAUGAUACCUGGAUGGUGUUUCUUAGAGCAACACAACAUAAAGGAUCUCUCUGCUGUCUGUCUGUCUACCCAGGAUCCUGGCGGUGUGCCACGGGGUGAUGUACAAGCAGCUGGCUGCGUGGAUGCUGCACGGUCUGCUGCUGGACCAGAGUGAGGAGUUCUAUGUGAAGCAGGGGCCCAGCGCUGGAGGGGCCGCCGCCAACCAGGAGGAUGACGAGGAGGACCUGGGGAUCGGAGGCCUCAGCGGUAAACAGCUGAAAGAACUACAGGACCUGGUGAGAGCCCUUAUGCAAAGAUUCAGUAUCAGCUUUUAUCUUCCCCUAACUGGCUGAGCUAAGAUAAGAGACAAAACUGAUCCUAGAUCAGCGUCUAUGGGCAGUUGCAUCCAUGUUUCCAGCUGAGAGAACUACAGGAUCUGGUGAGAUGGCGGGUAGAAGUUGCCCUUGGGCACAGCUUCAGGAUCAGUUUAUAUCUCCCACCAAAUCCUAAUCUUAAACAUCAGGGGUGGGGAGGCAAAGCUGACCUAAGAUCAGUGUCAAUGAGUAAUUUCAUCCUACUCCAUACCUUGUCACUUUAUCUGUCCACUUGGAUUUGAAGUGCUUGCAUUAGUGUAAAGCUUGCACCACUGCUGUUGGAGUAAAGAUUGUAGGAUGGAUAAGAUCUAAAAGUCAUGUGUAUGUACUUAUAAGUCAGCUUCAGGAGGCUGAUUUGGUCAUGUUCACAAGGCAGGGAAAAACUAACUGAAACAGGGUGUGAGUACCCAGACUGGUCCAAUAAGACAUGCUCAAUUUAGUUUUUUCUGUUUGAAAGUGUUUUCCGUUGCGUGCCCUAAUGAACGAUGCUGUUGUCUGUGUUCCGCUGUAGAGGCUGAUAGAAGAAGAGAACAUGCUGGCUCCGUCCCUGCAGCAGUUCUCUCUGCGGGCUGAGAUGCUGCCCUCCUACAUCCCCAUCCGCGUGGCUGAGAAGAUCCUCUUCGUGGGGGAGUCCGUCCAGAUGUUUGAGAACCACAACCACAGCCCGUCCAGAGCUGGUGAGAACCUGGUCCACACAUUUACCUUUUCUUAUGUGCUUUUUCCUUUCACAUUUACUGUAGCUGCGUUUUACAUUGACUUGUUAGUCAUCUAGCUUUAGCAAGCUGAUGUUUUUACCUAUUGUGAUUUAGCUGCAGUAGGGAAACAGUAGAGUGAGGAAGAAGUGAUUGUUUUCUGGGUUUUCACCCUCAAUCAUUUGCUUACCUUACUAGAAGUUCUUUGACAACUUGUUAGCAUUAUUUCUGAUUUUGGCAUCUAAUUGGUUUGCUUUGGUUGCUACGCUUCUCUAAAAACAUCAACAACAAAUAAACACCAAAACAGCUCGCCAAACACUACUUCAAUCUAACAUAUUGCGACAAUAUCACUUCAGGAGAUCCACAUUGGACUUGUAAUGAAAGAAUUUGGAAGAUCUUUGAUGGAUAAUGUUUUCCUCCCUUUCCCUUUCCCUCUGUCUGUGUUUGUGUCCAGGCUCUAUACUGAAGCACCAGGAGGACAUGUUUGCUACAGAGCUGCACCGUCUCAAACAGCAGCCCCUCUUCAGCCUAGUGGACUUUGAGAACCUCAUAGACGGCAUCCGCAGCACCGUGGCAGAGGUGGGCUUGGCACUUCAACAUAUCUAGGAAAUGUCAGAUAUGUGUUUGUAAUGACUGCUGCAACUUCCCACUAUGAGCUGGACAACAAGGUCCUGUUCUAUUCAGGUGAUGUUAGGGCUACAUUCAUCUCAAUAACAUCGGUAUGGGAUUCCAAUAAACAAUUGAUUAACCAAUGUAUCCUUCUAUUUGCAGCACCUGUGGACAUUGAUGGUGGAGGAAUCCGAUCUCCUGGGGCAACUUAAGGUUUGUAUUUGGACUAUCUAGCUGUGACAGUUUAGAGUUGAUUUGAGAUUGUUAGUGUGCAUGUUUGAGCUCGACUACAUUGCUGUCGGACUGAGCAGAAUCACUGAUCUAUAAAUCCCCUUGGAUCUCAAAUAACUUCUCAUCAUGUGAUCAAGAUGAGUGAUUCUGUGCCUCGCCUUGUUCAAACUGACCCCGUCAAACACGCCGUUUCUCUUUACCUGUAGAUCAUAAAGGACUUUUACCUGUUGGGCCGUGGCGAGCUGUACCAGGUGUUCAUUGACCACGCUCAGCACAUGCUCAAGACCCCGCCCACAGCUGUCACUGAACACGGUACGUUCACAGAUCCAGGAUCAGUUUACUCGAACAGAUAUCUAAACUUGAUUUAUAGGAGGUAGAAUGCACUAAGCGCUAAGGGCCAACUUCAUUUUAUGGAAAAUUCACCCUUUAUUCAAUCACAAACCAUGGUCCUGUUGGAAUAUGUCAAACUGCAGUUUAAACUGCAUCCUAACUUCCUCCCUUCCUUGAAGUGAUCACUGAUCUAACACUGUGGCUAGAUCAAAGUAGGGGUUCCAGUAAAUAUCUUUCACCAACCCGAUCAUUUCUGAUUGUUGUUAUUCCAAGGAAGGAAGGAAGCAGUGUAGAAGAGUAUGAACAGGCCUCAUGUCUAUUGCAGUUAUUCUUUGUAUCUAACUAUGGCUGUUUUCUCCACCCCUUCCACAGACGUAAAUGUGGCCUUUCAGCAGGCUGCUCACAAGGUGUUGUUGGACGACGACAACCUCCUGCCUCUCCUGCACCUCACCAUCGACUACCAGGGGAAGGAGAGCAAAGGUUUGUUCCUCAGAGGCUUUUCAAUGGAGCCGAAACCCUCCACUAGGAGUGGUAGGAGGUCUAACUGUAUGUUUAACCAGCGCUGCUUGGAGUUCUCUCUUCACUCCCUACCAGACUUGGGUUCAAAUACUUUUAUUUGAGUAUUUGUUUUUGAAAUACUUAUUUUCUGUGUAUUUUCUAAUACAUGCCAAUACUUUCCAAGUGUAUUUCCAAAUACAUUCCAAUAUUCAGCUAGUUGUAUUUUAAAAGAAAAUAUUUACUUUGAAAUGUAAUUGAAAUACCCUAAAUAGUAUUUGAACACAGGUCUGCUCCCUACUACCUCUUCCCCCAUGGCCCUAACUUACCCUUCCAAUAUGGCAGAAAGUCCACCAUGACACUGCUUAUACCUUUUUAUACCAUUCAGAUCUGUAAAUAUGGAAAGGUCAGGGCCAAGGGGAAGGGGUAAGGAACAUAUUGGGACUGGCAGCUGUGUUCUCCAGUAUAUUGUUUUGUAACCAGUUGCUGCCAUCUUGUGGCUAACUGUAAGACAGUCUAAAAUGGACGCCCGUCUUCAUCUUCUCUCUGUCAUCUGCUUCUGCUAUAACCUGGGAACACGAGAUAGAAGGCAAUCUGGUGGAUCUGUACUGGGAAGUCACCUGUUUCACCUGUUAUCUUUUUUAAAAAGCAGAUGAAGGAAAGCAGAUGAGAAAAGAAGGCUACUGAACUUCGCACCCUAAUCCACAUAAGUGCACUACUUUUCACAAAGUUCUGGUCAAAAGUAUUGCACUUCAUAGGGAAUAGGGUGCUAUUUGGGAUGAUCCAUUCGUCUAUGUCUUCUACCCAGUUUGUGCCAUCUUGUGAACAAUGCUAUGGAGUGGAUCAGAGGAUGUGAGCAGAGUGGAGAGAGGAGUGGAGCGUGUGUAAUGAUUUUAAAAAUGUAGGAGCGUCGGCCUUCUCUCCUGUAAUGCUCAGCCACAACCUCUGGCCAUGCUCUGCCCACCAUUUUUCAUUUCCUUCAUCACUGUUCUUUUAAUUAGGCCUAUUAUGUUGUAUUUAUUUAGCCUAACCCCACCACUAAUGCCCAGAGCUGUUGAUAUGAGUCCACCAAGAAAUAUGUCACAACUUGUGUAAUUGAUGACAAGACAACCAAUGAGCACAUGCAGCAGCACCAGAGAAGUUUUGGUUUCUAUACAAGCUAUUGUUAAAAAAAAGAGGAGUUUAAGUUUGUAACAGUGCUAAAGUUGUCUGUCAACUGUCAAAUGUGAGAGCAACAGAACCAGUUACAACUGAAGUAUCUGAUCAUCAAUAGAUUAGCGAAAAAGCUAUUAGUUUUUUAACACAGUGGCCACAUAGCCUAUCACCUAGACAGGUCCUUGUUUAGUAGCCUAUGUUGAAACUUCUUACGAUGGUCUACUUCAAAAACAAAGGGUACACAGUCACAAAAGUAGAUGGGGUGUUUGUUAAAUUAUCUUUUUAAACAAAAAAUGAAUGGAUCGAAUUUGGAGAGGCAGUUUUUUUUCUGUGAGCCCUGAGCUAUUUUUUUUUUUAGCAGACAGGAAAGGAUGUUGAGCGCCAGGGUGGUGCACAAAGACUGUUCCAUGACUGGGAUUUCAAACCGCUCAAAUACUCUGGUAUGGAGCCAUCCUGUGGCUAACAGUAUGAUUGUGUUCUCAGAUGCCACAGGGACCAGGGAAGGGGCCACUCCCCCACAGGAGUCCUCCCCCAGGGAGGUGCCCCCUACGGGCUGGGCUGCUCUGGGCUUGGCCUACAAGGUCCAGUGGCCCCUGCACAUCCUCUUCACCCCUGCCGUUCUGGAGAAGUGAGUAUUCUACAGCAGGCAACGGCUGCCUCCCAAAUGGCACCUUAUUCCCUAUAUAGUGCACUACUUUUGACCAGGUAACAGCUGCAGGACCGGUAACAGUGGAGAAGUUUAGCCUCGCGCUUCAAUGCUCUUAGUAGUUGUGGAAAUCGACACGAUAUUGCUUUUUACUUUGUGCAUCGCUGACUCAACCUUUAACAUAAAGUGAUAUCCAUUAGCAAAUGUUUGUGCAAACAGACAUAGGAAUAUUAGGUACACCACCCCGUUCACGAAAAUGGAUCGCUCCUACAGACUGAGUGUGUCACGUGGCCGUGGCUUGCUGUAUAAAGCAGGCAGACAGGCAUCGAGGCAUUCAGUUACUGUUUGAUUGAACAUUAGAAUGGGAAAAGCGAGUGACCUAAGCGACUUUGAGUGUGGUAUGAUUGUCGGUGCCAGGCGCGCCGGAUCCAGUAUCUCAGAAACGGCCGGCCUCCUGGGCUUUUCACGCACGACAGUGUCUAGGGUUUACCGAGAAUGGUGCGACAAAAAAACAUCUUGAUGAGAGAGAUCGAAGGAGAAUGGCAAGAAUUGUGCAAGCUAACAGGCGAGCCACAAACAGACAAAUAAUGGCGCAGUACAACAGUGGUGUGCAGAACGGCAUCUCGGAACGCAGAACUCACCAAUCUUUGUCACGGAUGGGCUAUUGCAGCAGACGACCACACCGGGUUCCACUCCUAUCAGCUAAAAACAAGAAGUGGCUGCAGUGAGCACGCAAUCACCAGCACUGGACAAUUGAGUAGUGGAAAAACAUUGCCUGGUCCGACGAAUCCCAGUUCCUGUUGCGUCUUGCUGAUGGCAGAUUUAGGAUUUGACGUAAGUAGCAUGAGUCCAUGGACAUAUCCUGCCUGGUGUCAAUGGUACAGGCUGGUGGCAGUGGUGUACCGGCGUCCAAUCUGCAGCAACUGGUGAUGCCAUCGCGUCAGCAUGGACCAACAUCCCUGUGGAACAUUAUCGGCUUGUAGAAUCCAUGCCCCGAAGAAUUCAGGCUCAUCACUCAUCUUGAAAAAAACGUAUACUAAAAACGUGGAAAUCAAUAAUUCUGCCAUCGUUAACACAAUGGAAAAAUCUAAUGAUUUAUUAUUGAGAUAUUGAAAGUGCGUGGGCAACGGAGAGAAACAAAAUGGUGGCGUUUCAGGCAAUGUGGCAAACAAUAAUGCAGGUACUAGGGAUGGAGGUGUGAGCAUGCAGGUCUGGACAGAGGAGAUGUAGUCGUUGUUUGUGUGCGUCUGUAAGUUGUUGUUCGUAGGUGUAGGUUUGUGUUUGGUUAUUAACAAAAACAUGAAUUCAGGCUGUUCUGGAGACAAAGGUGGGUCUGACCCGGUACUAGAUGGGUGUACAUAAUAAACUGUCCACUGAGUGUAUAUAACCAUUGUUUGUACCUUCAUGUUUUUGUAUUGCAUUCCUCACAAGUUCUCUGUUCAUAUAACUUAUUUUUAUUUUCCUUAUGAUCAGUUUGUGUCCGAUUCAGUUUAGACUUAGUGUCAGUUUCAGGAAGACUAGCUAUCGUCAUGGCAUCAGCUAAUGGGGGUUCUAAUAAAGAUUUAAAUUGAUAUGAGUGAUUUUUGUUUCAAAAAAAUUUUCUACAUGUGCCCUAAUGAACACGACCGUGUCCUGUCCCCCAGGUAUAAUGUAAUAUCCACGACCAUAUCCUGUCCCCCAGGUAUAAUGUAAUAUCCACAACCGUGUCCUGUCUCCCAGGUAUAAUGUAAUAUCCACGACCGUGUCCUGUCCCCCAGGUAUAAUGUAAUAUCCACGACCGUAUCCUGUCCCCCAGGUAUAAUGUAAUAUCCACGACCGUGUCCUGUCCCCCAGGUAUAAUGUAAUAUCCACGACCGUGUCCUGUCCCCCAGGUAUAAUGUAAUAUCCACGACCGUGUCCUGUCCCCCAGGUAUAAUGUAAUAUCCACGACCGUGUCCUGUCACCCAGGUAUAAUGUAAUAUCUACGACCGUGUCCUGUCUCCCAGGUAUAAUGUAAUAUCCACGACCGUGUCCUGUCUCCCAGGUAUAAUGUAAUAUCUACGACCGUGUCCUGUUCCCCAGGUAUAAUGUAAUAUCUACGACCGUGUCCUGUUCCCCAGGUAUAAUGUAAUAUCCACGACCGUGUCCUGUCCCCCAGGUAUAAUGUAAUAUCCACGACCGUAUCCUGUCCCCCAGGUAUAAUGUAAUAUCCACGACCGUGUCCUGUCCCCCAGGUAUAAUGUAAUAUCCACGACCGUGUCCUGUCCCCCAGGUAUAAUGUAAUAUCCACGACCGUGUCCUGUCCCCCAGGUAUAAUGUAAUAUCCACGACCGUGUCCUGUCACCCAGGUAUAAUGUAAUAUCUACGACCGUGUCCUGUCUCCCAGGUAUAAUGUAAUAUCCACGACCGUGUCCUGUCUCCCAGGUAUAAUGUAAUAUCUACGACCGUGUCCUGUUCCCCAGGUAUAAUGUAAUAUCUACGACCGUAUCCUGUCCUCCAGGUAUAAUGUAAUAUCCACGACCGUGUCCUGUCCCCAGGUAUAAUGUAAUAUCUACGACCGUGUCCUGUCCCCCAGGUAUAAUGUAAUAUUCCGCUACCUGCUGAGUGUGCGGCGGGUGCAGUCUGAGCUGCAGCACUGCUGGGCUCUACAGAUGCAGAGGAAACACCUCAAAUCCAACCAGACAGACGCUGUCAAGUGGAGGCUACGCAACCACAUGGCUUUCCUGGUGGACAACCUGCAGUACUACCUACAGGUGAUUCUAUGUAGAAAUUACAUUUUUACAUUUUCGUCAUUUAGCAGACACUCUAACAGCAGUGAGUGGAUACAUUUUCAUACUUUUUUGUACUGGUCCCCCGUGGGAAUCUAACACACAACCAUGGCUUUGCAAGUGCCAUGCUCUACCAACUGAGCCACACAGAACCACAACCACGUGUGAUUUGUGAGUGAUCUGUACAUCCAAAGACUAAGUACUGUACAGUGCAUCUGGUCUGUUUGUAAGAAUAGAGAGCAGUAGUAAAGACAUGAACAGGUAUAAAACUAUACAGCCUUAUUCAGCUUUGGGAGGGAAUUUGAGAGGCUGAAUGUACCACACUCAGUUUUACCAUGGGCAUAUUAAUGCAAACAAGCAUACCUUUCUUUGUUCUAGAACUACCAAGCACAUUUUUUUUUGCUGCUCAGUUCCUCUUUUUGUUACUGGUCCCAGAUCUGUAUAGCCUGCUCUAAGGUGUUGGCAAGACAACACAUCUAUUUCUAGGACCAGGCUAUGAAUGAUCUUGUUGUUGGUGUAAUAUAUCAAACAUGGCUGUGCUCCUCCUCUCCCUCCUCCCUCAGGUGGACGUGCUGGAGUCUCAGUUCUCUCAGCUGCUGCAGCAGAUCAACUCCACCAGAGACUUUGAGAGCAUCCGGCUGGCCCACGACCACUUCCUUAGCAACCUGCUAGCACAGUCCUUCAUCCUGCUCAAGCCGGUUAGCAUCUCAAUUUAUUAGCAUUUGACGUGAAUACAAUGUAGCAGUAACUUUUAAGGCCACUUGCAGGUAUUCUUUAUUGCAGUCACGUUAUGCAGAUGAUCAGAUUGCCGUAUCACUUUGAUAUGGUUCCUGAGAAGGUAAACCCUUCCCUGACCCAAUAGCGCAACGCGACUGCAAUGAAGACAACCUUGAACAUGGUCUUGCGCUUGUGUGCUAAUCAUGCGUUGAUGUCAGUUGGAGAUUAACAACAACACUGAUAUCAAAUUAGGAUUCAGCCAUGAGUGACCACUUAGCCAUAGUUGGCCAUUCAUUUUUGAAUUUCGUCCACUGUCUUCUCUCCCACCCCAGGUGUUCCACUGUCUGAAUGAGAUCCUGGAGCUGUGUCAUAACUUCUGCUCAUUGGUCAGCCAGAACGUGGCUCCGCUGGAUGAGAGAGGAACAGCCCAACUGGACAUCUUGGUCAAGGUGAGGCUCUGUCUGCUAACAAUAGUAUUUCGAAAACCCAUUGGCACGCAUAUACAGUGAGGGAAAAAAGUAUUUGAUCCCCUGCUGAUUUUGUACGUUUGCCCACUGACAAAGAAAUGAUCAGUCUAUAAUUUGAAUGGUAGGUUUAUUUGAACAGUGAGAGACAGAAUACAACAACAAAAUCCAGAAAAACGCAUGUCAAAAAUGUUAUACCAGUAAAUUGAUUUGCAUUUUAAUGAGGGAAAUAAGUAUUUGACCCCCUCUCAAUCAGAAAGAUUUCUGGCUCCCAGGUGUCUUUUAUACAGGUAACGAGCUGAGAUUAGGAGCACACUCUUAAAGGGAGUGCUCCUAAUCUCAGUUUGUUACCUGUAUAAAAGACACCUGUCCACAGAAGCAAUCAAUCAAUCAGAUUCCAAACUCUCCACCAUGGCCAAGACCAAAGAGCUCUCCAAGGAUAUCAGGGACAAGAUUGUAUACCUACACAAGGCUGGAAUGGGCUACAAGACCAUCGCCAAGCAUCUUGGUGAGAAGGUGACAACAGUUGGUGUGAUUAUUCGCAAAUGGAAGAAACACAAAAUAACUGUCAAUCUCCCUCGGCCUGGGGCUCUAUGCAAGAUCUCACCUCGUGGAGUUGCAAUGAUCAUGAGAACGGUGAGGAAUCAGCCCAGAACUACACGGGAGGAUCUUGUCAAUGAUCUCAAGGCAGCUGGGACCAUAGUCACCAAGAAAACAAUUGGUAACACACUACGCCGUGAAGGACUGAAAUCCUGCAGCGCCCGCAAGGUCCCCCUGCUCAAGAAAGCACAUAUACAGGCCCGUCUGAAGUUUGCCAAUGAACAUCUGAAUGAUUCAGAGGAGAACUGGGUGAAAGUGUUGUGGUCAGAUGAGACCAAAAUGGAGCUCUUUGGAAUCAACUCAACUCGCUGUGUUUGGAGGAGGAGGAAUGCUGCCUAUGACCCCAAGAACACCAUCCCCACCGUCAAACAUGGAGGUGUAAACAUUAUGCUUUGGUGGUGUUUUUCUGCUAAGGGGACAGGACAACUUCACUGCAUCAAAGGGACAAUGGACGGGGCCAUGUACCGUCAAAUCUUGGGUGAGAACCUCCUUCCCUCAGCUAGGGCAUUGUAAAUGGGUCGUGGAUGGGUAUUCCAGCAUGACAAUGACCCAAAACACACGGCCAAGGCAACAAAGGAGUGGCUCAAGAAGAAGCACAUUAAGGUCCUGGAGUGGUCUAGCCAGUCUCCAGACCUUAAUCCCAUAGAAAAUCUGUGGAGGGAGCUGAAGGUUCGAGUUGCCAAACGUCAGGCUCGAAACCUUAAUGACUUGGAGAAGAUCUGCAAAGGGGAGUGGGACAAAAUCCCUCCUGAGAUGUGUGCAAACCUGGUAGCCAACUACAAGAAACAUCUGACCUCUGUGAUUGCCAACAAGGGUUUUGCCACCAAGUACUAAGUCAUCAGAGGGAUCAAAUACUUAUCUCCCUAAUUUAGAACAUUUUUGACAUGCGUCUUUCUGGAUUUUUUUGUUGUUAUUCUGUCUCUCACUGUUCAAAUAAACCUACCAUUAAAAUUAUAGACUGAUCAUGUCUUUGUCAGUGGGCAAACGUACAAAAUCAGCAGGGGAUCAAAUACUUUUUUCCCUCACUGUAUAUAUACAGUACCAGUCAAAAGUUUGGACACACCUACUCAUUCCAGGGUUUUUCUUUAUUUUUACUAAUUUCUACAUUGUAGAAUAAUAGUGAAUCAAAUAUAAAAUAUAUUUUGAUUUGUUUAACACUUGUUUGGUUACAACAUGAUUCCAUAUGUGUUAUUUCAUAGUUUUGAUGUCUUUGAUUAUUCUACCAUGUAGAAAACAGUAAAAAUAAAGAAAAACCCUGGAAUGAGUAGGUGUGUCCCAACUUUUGACCGGUACUGUGUAUAUAUAAUAUAUAGUAAUUGCUUGUUUAGUCUUUGGUGCUAAAUGGCCAAUGCAAACUGAAGUACAUCAUCUGUAAUUUCAGGGUUUCAGUCGUCAGUCCUUCCUGCUCUUCAAGAUCCUGUCCAGUGUCAGAAACCACCAGAUCAACUCUGACCUGGCUCAGCUGCUGCUCAGGCUGGACUACAACAAGUACUACACCCAGUCAGGAGGCACCCUGGGGAGGUAGGGACCCAUUACACUACACCCUGGGGAGGUAGGGACCCAUUACACUACACCCUGGGGAGGUAGGAACCCAUUACACUACACCCUGGGCAGGUAGGAACCCAUUACACUACACCCAGUCAGGAGGCACCCUGGGGAGGUAGGGACCCAUUACACUACACCCUGGGGAGGUAGGGACCCAUUACACUACACCCUGGGGAGGUAGGGACCCAUUACACUACACCCUGGGGAGGUAGGGACCCAUUACACUACACCCUGGGCAGGUAGGGACCCAUUACACUACACCCUGGGGAGGUAGGGACCCAUUACACUACACCCUGGGGAGGUAGGGACCCAUUACACUACACCCUGGGGAGGUAGGGACCCAUUACACUACAUCCUGGGGAGGUAGGGACCCAUUACACUACACCCUGGGGAGGUAGGGACCCAUUACACUACACCCUGGGGAGGUAGGAACCCAUUACACUACACCCUGGGGAGGUAGGAACCCAUUACACUACACCCAGUCAGGAGGCACCCUGGGGAGGUAGGGACCCAUUACACUACACCCUGGGGAGGUAGGGACCCAUUACACUACACCCUGGGGAGGUAGGGACCCAUUACACUACACCCUGGGGAGGUAGGGACCCAUUACACUACACCCUGGGGAGGUAGGAACCCAUUACACUACACCCUGGGCAGGUAGGAACCCAUUACACUACACCCAGUCAGGAGGCACCCUGGGGAGGUAGGGACCCAUUACACUACACCCUGGGGAGGUAGGGACCCAUUACACUACACCCUGGGGAGGUAGGGACCCAUUACACUACACCCUGGGCAGGUAGGAACCCAUUACACUACACCCUGGGCAGGUAGGAACCCAUUACACUACACCCUGGGCAGGUAGGAACCCAUCACACUACAUCCUGGGCAGGUAGGAACCCAUUACACUACACCCUGGGCAGGUAGGAACCCAUCACACUACAUCCUGGGCAGGUAGGGACCCAUUACACUACACCCUGGGCAGGUAGGGACCCAUUACACUACACCCUGGGCAGGUAGGAACCCAUCACACUACAUCCUGGGCAGGUAGGAACCCAUUACACUACACCCUGGGCAGGUAGGAACCCAUCACACUACACCCUGGGCAGGUAGGAACCCAUUACACUACACCCUGGGCAGGUAGGAACCCAUCACACUACACCCUGGGCAGGUAGGAACCCAUUACACUACACCCUGGGCAGGUAGGAACCCCUUACACUACACCCUGGGCAGGUAGGAACCCAUCACACUACACCCUGGGCAGGUAGGAACCCAUUACACUACACCCUGGGCAGGUAGGAACCCAUCACACUACACCCUGGGCAGGUAGGAACCCAUUACACUACACCCUGGGCAGGUAGGAACCCAUUACACUACACCCUGGGCAGGUAGGAACCCAUUACACUACACCCUGGGCAGGUAGGAACCCAUCACACUACAUCCUGGGCAGGUAGGAACCCAUUACACUACACCCUGGGCAGGUAGGAACCCAUUACACUACACCCUGGGCAGGUAGGAACCCAUUACACUACACCCUGGGCAGGUAGGAACCCAUUACACUACACCCUGGGCAGGUAGGAACCCAUUACACUACACCCUGGGCAGGUAGGAACCCAUUACACUACACCCUGGGCAGGUAGGAACCCAUCACACUACAUCCUGGGCAGGUAGGAACCCAUUACACUACACCCUGGGCAGGUAGGAACCCAUCACACUACACCUUGGGCAGGUAGGAACCCAUCACACUACAUCCUGGGCAGGUAGGAACCCAUUACACUACACCCUGGGCAGGUAGGAACCCAUCACACUACACCCUGGGCAGGUAGGAACCCAUUACACUACACCCUGGGCAGGUAGGAACCCAUUACACUACACCCUGGGAAGGUAGGAACCGGACACUACAUCCUGGGCAGGUAGGAACCCAUUACACUACACCCUGGGCAGGUAGGAACCCAUUACACUACACCCUGGGCAGGUAGGAACCCAUUACACUACACCCUGGACAGGUAGGAACCCAUUACACUACACCCUGGGCAGGUAGGAACCCAUUACACUACACCCUGGGGAGGUAGGAACCCAUUACACUACACCCUGGGCAGGUAGGAACCCAUUACACUACACCCUGGGGAGGUAGGAACCCAUUACACUACACCCUGGGGAGGUAGGAACCCAUUACACUACACCCUGGACAGGUAGGAACCCAUUACACUACACCCUGGACAGGUAGGAACCCAUUACACUACACCCUGGGCAGGUAGGAACCCAUUACACUACAUCCUGGACAGGUAGGAACCCAUUACACUACACCCUGGGGAGGUAGGGACCCAUUACACUACACCCUGGGGAGGUAGGGACCCAUUACACUACACCCUGGGGAUGGUAUGGGACCCAUUACCGACACCCAUGGGGAGGUAGGGUAACCCAUUACCACUACCACCCUGGGGACGGUAGGAAACCAUUACACUAUACCCCCUUGGGCAGGGGUAGGAACCCAUUACACUACACCCAGUCAGGAGGCACCCUGGGGAAAGGUAGGGACCCCAUUACACCUACACCCUGGGGAGGUAGGGACCCAUUACACUACACCCUGGGGAGGGGUAGGGACCCAUUACCCAUACACCCUGGGGAGGUAGGACCCAUUACACUACACCCCCGGGGAGGUAGGGAAACCCAUUACACUCAACACCCUGGGGAGGUAGGGAACCCCAUUACACUACACCCUGGGUCAGGUAGGGAAACAAUUACACUACACCCUGGGCAGGUAGGAACCCAUUACACUACACCCUGGGGAGGUAGGAACCAUACACUACACCCUGGGAGGUAGGAACCCAUUACACUACACCCUGGGCAGGUAGGAACCCAUUACACUACACCCUGGGCAGGUAGGAACCCAUCACACUACAUCCUGGGCAGGUAGGAACCCAUUACACUACACCCUGGGCAGGUAGGAACCCAUUACACUACACCCUGGGCAGGUAGGAACCCAUCACACUACACCCUGGGCAGGUAGGAACCCAUUACACUACACCCUGGGGAGGUAGGGACCGGACACUACACCCUGGGCAGGUAGGAACCCAUUACACUACACCCUGGGCAGGUAGGAACCCAUUACACUACACCCUGGGCAGGUAGGAACCCAUUACACUACACCCUGGGCAGGUAGGAACCCAUUACACUACACCCUGGGGAGGUAGGAACCCAUUACACUACACCCUGGGGAGGUAGGAACCCAUUACACUACACCCUGGGGAGGUAGGAACCCAUUACACUACACCCUGGGCAGGUAGGAACCCAAUAUUCCACUAUACCCAGUCAGAGGGCACUGUGGCCUGGUAAGGAGCCUGAUUGAAAUGUUGCUGCACUAAAUACCUGAGAGCAUUGUGUUAUUUUCUUCACAACACUACAUACCCUGCAAAAGAGGCUUUCAGGUUGAGGUGCACCCCUCAACACUCCGGUUGAAGUUUCCCCUAUGCUGAUCUAGGAUCAGCUUCCCCUCCCUCAAUCCUAACCUUAACCAAUAGUGGGCAAAUGCAGAACUGACCGAAGAUCAGCGUCUAAGGGGAACUUCACCCUACACACCCCUCAACACUGAUACCUGUCUUUUGCAGUUUCUGAUUGGGAGAGAAAAUGGAGGAUUUCCAGAUGAGAUCUUGAGCCACAAGCAUUCCAGACCAUUUAUCUUCAAGUCAGAUGAAGGACUUGAAGAUCAGUAUGUUGUUGCAUAACCCCAUUGUGUCCCGAAAUGUCUUUGAUACUCUCGUUUCAAUUAAUAUUCCAUAUUGUCCUGUGCUUGUAUGGUUCCUCUAGCCUGGUCCCAGAUCUGUUUGCGUUAUAUGAUCAUGUAGGAGUUGGCUAUACAGCACAAACAGAUUUGAGAACCGGUUGUUUCCAUCGGUUACUUACCCUACCGUAUCCUAUUGUAUAAAUUGUAAAUACUGUAUCAUUAAUGUGUGUGCCUUUUCAUGAAGAAACAGACUAAUAAACAAUAAUUAAAAUGAAAUUAUCAGUUUAUUAUUCCAUAAAAACAGACAGGUUAAAACUAUAUACAGUAGCGGAAGCAUGCAAUAGAACUGAUACAAUACAUUUAACAUGGUUGAAGGUGUGUCUGUGUAGGUACAAGUUGCUCCUAAGCACUGACACAGGGUCAGAUAUCAUCCCUCAUAAUGGUUAUGAUUGAGCAUUGGGAAACUGAUCCCAGAUCUGAGGUUAAGGGCAUCUUCUACCUACAACAAACCUUUGUGUGCGACUGGAGGCUCGGAUUAGGAUGAGGGUGGGGAUGUGUAGUCAUGACGAUAUUGGGGGUUGCUAUGGUAUCCCAGGCGCUCCCCACAGAUCAGACUGUGGAUUAGCCACUCUGGCGACACCAUGGGUACUUCCUGUGAUGUCACACUCUUCAGAACCAAUGACGGACAGGUGCGGUCUGUGACCACCACGUCAAACUUGCCCCCAGGAAUGUCUGUUGACGCAAACGGAAGACACGUUAUGAAAGCAGACAUCCAGAACAUGCAUUUGUCUCUACUCAAGGCUUUUACAGAGGGGGAUGUAGAACAGAAAGUGGGCUGGAGAACAGAAAGUGGAAAAGGUGGAUUGAACCCGUGA